UUCUGCCAACCUUCCUUGGCUUGAUAAGCCCAGACCCUGUUCCUGGGCUUCCUCUAGCACUCAGACAGCUGCCCAGGGGCCAUACCAGGACUGACCCCCUGAGAGCGCAGAAGAUGGAUCUUGCAGACAGCCUGCUCCUCCUUCUGGCUGGACUGCUAGUCCUACCUCAUGGUCAGCUGCAUCCUGAGCGCUACAGCCUCCAUCAGGAGCCUCCAAGCACAGGUGAGGGCUCCCCUAGCCUCAAGAUUGCCCCGGGCAAUACAGCUUUCGCUCUCCACUUCUACCACCUGAUGGCUUCCCAAAGUCCUGGGAGCAACAUCUUCUUUUCCCCAUUGAGCAUUUCGGCCUCCUACGCCAUGCUGUCCCUGGGGGCCCGCUCACACAGCAAGACCCAGAUCCUUGAGGGUCUGGGCUUCAACCUCACAGAGGUGUCCGAGUCAGACAUCCACUGGGGCUUCCAGCACCUCUUGCACACUCUCCACCUUCCGGACGACAGGCUGGAGAUGCACAUGGGCAGCACCCUAUUCCUGAGCCAGGACCUGCUGAUCCUUCCGGGAUUUCUUAAUGACAGUGUGGCCUUCUAUGACUCCAAACUCUUCCUCACCAACUUCCAUGAUCCUGUGGGCACCACCCAGCUUAUCAAUGACCACAUCAAGGAGGAAACUCAAGGGAAGAUUGUGGAUUUGGUGAGCAACCUGAACACGGACAUUGCAAUGGUGCUGGUGAAUUACAUUUACUUCAAAGCUCUGUGGGAAAAACCAUUCCAACCCUCGAUGACCACUACCCAAGACUUCCACGUUGAUGAGAAUACCGUAGUCCAGGUGCCUAUGAUGCUGCAGGACACAGCGCACCACUGGUAUCUCAAUGACAGAUACUUGCCCUGCUCAGUGCUGCGGAUGGAUUACAAAGGAAACAUGACAGCCUUUUUUAUCCUUCCUAACCGAGGGAAAAUGAAGCAAGUGGAAGAGGCCUUGACCCCAGAGAUGCUAACAAGAUGGAACCGCUUACUUCAGAAGAGACAUUUUUAUAGGAAGCUCGAGCUGCAUUUCCCCAAGUUCUCCAUUUCUGGCUCCUAUCAACUGGAUGAGAUUUUGCCCAAGAUGGGCUUCGUGGACCUGUUCUCAAAGCAGGUUGACUUGUCUGGCAUCACCAAAGAGAAAAAAGUGCAGGUGUCCAAGAGUUUCCACAAAGCCAUUCUUGAGGUGGAUGAAGUUGGUACCCAGGCUGCAGCAGCCACUGGCAUCUUUACCACCUUUCUGUCUGCCUGGCACAAUCACAGAGUCCUUUGGUUCAACCGGCCCUUCUUUGUGGUGAUCUUUUCCACCAACACCCAGAGCAUCCUCUUCCUGGGAAAGGUUGUCAACCCCACAAAGCCAUAGCCCUCCCAGGGCUGGCUCUUCUGUUAUAAGCAGGAGGACGUGGCCUGGGGGACUCCAUGGGAGCAGCUCCAUGUUUGGAGAGGGGGACGCAGAAGAUCCUGAGAGUCCAGGGCAGAAGCAGUUGGCGAGAGAGAGGGAUGUGGGUGGUAGGAGAUGCUCAUGGACUGGACACCCAGAUCCGCAGGACAGUGCAACCUCAGGCAGAUCAUCUCACCACUUUGAGCACCACCCCAGGAAGUGGGAGAAACCCCACCAGCUGGUUGAAGGGAUUAAACACAAUGAUGGUUAUGAGGAGCCUGGUUUGGUGCCUUGUACAUAGUAGGUUCUCAGUAAAUGCAUCCUUAUUCUCCAUCUCUUUG